AUAAAAUAAAAGAAACAAUAGAAACAAUAAAAGAUAUGAAUAUUUGUCUCAACAAUCAAAAUCAUAAGAUUUGGUGGAGAGAGAUAUUAAACAAUGAAAGUGAGUGUGGAGAUAAUAACGGGGACGUUUAUUGAUGCGGACGUGAGUGAAGAUACGACGGUCAAAGAACUGAAGGAGAAGAUCGCGGCGGAGGUGAAAUUACCGGUGACUCGUUUGAUACUUGUCAUCGGAGAUGAAGAGACGAGAAGGAUGGUGAUGGAGGAUGAAGAUGACAUGAUGCUGAGAGAUUUAGGAGUGGGAGAAGAUUCUCAUAUGUAUUUGUUCUUUAAGCAUCCUGAUUUGGUUUCUGAGGAAGAGGAAUCUAAAGGAGGAGAAGAAGAUGAUGAUGAUCCUAUGGAGGAGGUUUCGUCGGAAGCAGAGAGUCCAAGAGGAAACGAAGAAGAAGACGAAAAGCCAAAAAUAGACGGGGAAGAGAAGGAUCAAGCGAUGAAGGAUGAAGAAGAAGAUAGCGAUGAGAAAGUUGAAGAAGAUGAAGAAGCGAAGCAGAAUGAGAAGGAUGGUGAAGCAAAGGAUAAUGGUGAUGAUGAUGUCAAAGAGGAACCAAGAGAGGGUGAAGAAGGAGAUAAUAAAGAGGAAAUCUAGGGUUUCUUGAUUUGAUAUGAGAUUUGUUUUAACAAUUCCAUUUUUAUUGUUUUGCAUUUGUGAUUAUCUUGUUAUAUUGUUUCUUGGUAUACAAGUAAACAACUAAACAUUGUUUUAGGUGUCUUACCAGCAUAAUAAAAAAUUGAUUUUGUUCUGUUUAGUUUCUUUUGUUUAUUCUCCGUCUUCUCUGUAGAAAAAACAGAUCAAAAGUUUCUCUAUGGGACAGUGGUUGGUUCUCAAAUCUAGUUGGCCAUUUCAGGCUAGAGAAUCCAGUUAACCGGAAAAUUCGACUGGUCAAAAGAUGAAGAUAAUACAUUACCAAACAUUACAUUAGUAAAGCUCUUAAUAGAGUUUAAAUAUCCGGCGACUUUCUUGUAUACCUAAAACAUCGAUGGUAACAUCUUGAAGUUGUAGAGUCCACCU